AUGGAAGCCCUUAUACCAGUUAUAAAUAAAUUGCAAGACGUUUUCAAUACUGUUGGAUCCGAUGCCAUUCAUUUACCUCAAAUCGUAGUUUUAGGGUCUCAGAGUUCUGGGAAGAGCUCGGUAAUCGAAAGCUUGGUAGGCAAAUCGUUUCUACCAAGAGGAACAGGAAUCGUGACACGAAGACCGCUGAUUCUUCAGCUAGUAUAUUGCCCCAAAGAAGAUAGAGAACACAGAAAUGCAAUUGAUGGGACUAUCGAAGCUGAAGAUUGGGGAAUUUUUCUCCAUCAAAAAGAUAAAAUAUACAGGAAUUUCGAAGAAAUUAGAGGUGAAAUCGAGAAUGAAACCAACCGAAUGGCCGGUAGUAACAAAGGCAUUUGUGCAGAACCUAUCAACUUGAAAAUAUACUCCACAAAAGUAGUCAAUUUAACUUUGGUAGAUUUGCCUGGAAUAACAAAGGUCCCCGUCGGAGACCAACCUCCGGAUAUAGAGCAUCAAAUUAGAGAAUUGGUUUUGAAGUACACCUCUAAUCCGAAUUCAAUUAUCUUGGCUGUUGUCACGGCUAAUACUGAUAUGGCGACCUCCGAAAGUUUAGCCAUUGCCAAAGAUGUCGAUCCCGAUGGUAGAAGAACUCUCGCUGUAGUUACCAAAUUAGAUUUGAUGGACGCUGGCACUGACGCCAUUGACAUUUUAUGCGGAAGAGUAAUACCCGUAAAAUUGGGUAUAAUCGGCGUCGUUAAUCGAUCUCAACAGGAUAUUUUGAAUAACAAAACCAUCAAGGAUUCCUUAAAGGACGAGGCGACGUUCCUACAAAGCAAAUAUCCUACUUUAGCCGCUCGUAACGGAACUCCCUAUUUGGCGAAGACGCUGAAUAGGUUAUUGAUGCACCACAUCAGAGAUUGCUUACCGGAUUUAAAAACUCGCGUGAAUUUAAUGAUGUCACAAUAUCAUUCGCUUUUGAGUUCUUACGGCGAAGAUAUUUCCGAUAAAAGCAAAACCUUGUUGCAAAUUAUCACGAAAUUCGCUUCUGCUUAUUGUUCAACCAUCGAAGGUACUGCUAGGAACAUCGAAACCACAGAGUUAUGCGGCGGUGCUAGAAUAUGCUACAUUUUUCACGAAACUUUCGGCAGAACCCUCGAUUCUAUUCAUCCGUUAGCAGGGCUAACUAAGAUGGAUAUUUUGACUGCCAUAAGAAAUGCAAACGGUCCCCGCCCGGCUCUGUUUGUGCCAGAAGUAUCAUUCGAGCUGUUGGUUAAAAGACAAAUUAGAAGACUGGAAGAGCCAUCGCUGCGUUGUGUGGAGUUAAUUCACGAAGAAAUGCAAAGAAUUAUUCAGCAUUGCGGCAACGAAGUUCAACAAGAAAUGCUCCGUUUUCCGAAACUCUACGAAAAAAUCGUCGAUGUCGUUACCCAAUUACUACGCCGUCGUUUACCGACAACUAACACGAUGGUCGAGAAUCUUGUGGCUAUCGAAUUGGCUUACAUCAAUACCAAGCAUCCGGAUUUUUAUAAAGACAUUCAAAUGGUGCCGACGGUCAUUAAAUCCGGCGAAAGUAGCACCAGACCUACGGCGAUCCGUCCUAAGAGUUUGCACGGGAAAUACCAACAGGAGUCGCAAGAACUGGUAAGUAAGGUGCAAUCUUCUUUCACCAUGGAGGAGCAAGGGGAUUUUAUAAAAUAUCUCAACAGAAUUUUACCAAUGACUAGCUAUAAUGAAUUUAUAUCACUUGUUCAGUCGCGCUCUUCCAGCAAUCCCCAAUUGAACAAUGAAGACGGAUCAUCGCCUUGGUCCAUUCAAAGUACCAACGGCAAGGAGAACGAUGUAAAUCACGUAAAUAUGACUGAUAUUGUUAAAAUCGAAGGGGACGUAAGGAACAUUCUCAGUCCGCAAAAACCGGUUAAUCUUUUACCGCAGGUGCCCGUGAACAGUAGCAGUUUUAGGAAAUUGUCGGAAAACGAGGAGCACGAUUGUGAAAUAAUCGAGCGUUUGAUAAAAUCGUACUUCUACAUCGUGAGGAAAUCCAUCCAGGACACUGUACCCAAAGCCGUUAUGCAUUUCCUAGUGAAUUUCGUGAAGGAUAAUUUGCAAUCUGAGCUUGUUACGCACUUGUACAAGGCGGAUAACGCUGAUCAAUUACUCGAUGAAUCUGAGCAUAUUGCACAGAGACGUCGCGAAGCAGGCGACAUGUUAAAGGCACUGCAAAGGGCUUCUCACAUCAUCAGCGAGAUUCGGGAGACUCACAUGUGGUAA